AUGGCUAAGUCAGCACAGUUUGAGUCGGAUGCUUUCGUUGGGAAGAAGCCAGACAUGACCCCAUCAACAGCACACUUAUUGAUGGAUGAGGAUACCAGAACCUCGUCCUUUUCACUAAAUAAACGAAGCAUGGUUUUGGACGAAGACAGAUUUGAAGAUCGAUUUCUCAGAUGCAACGUCUGCAAAGCCAGAUUUUCCAAUGUGUCUCUUCCCCGUAUGCUAACAUGCCAUCACUCAUUCUGUCAGCCUUGCAUUGACCGACUUUACAGCGCGGCAAAAGCUCAGAGAAGUACUAACCCGACUCCCCUUCGUUGCCUGCCACUGUCAAUACCAGUUAGUGCUGUAAUCAUCAGCUGUCCGGUCUGCAAAGGCGCAUUCAUUGCCACUGACGAGAAUGUCAAGAAGCUUCCAACUGACCAUAGGAUCGUGCAGCUUAUGGACUUUGUUCGCCACACAGACCGAUACACUGUGACAUUUUGUUCUGUACAUAGACUUCCUCUCAACUUCUUUUGCGAUCAAUGCAUUCAGCCUAUAUGCCGAAACUGUACAGCAAAUAGCCAUAAAGAAGCUGACGGCCAUCUUGUAAUAGAUUUGGAAGACGCUAUGGUUAAAUACAGUCCUGUUCUCGACAACCUUGUUACAGAAAUGGAAGCCGAAAGUAUUUGCCUUGAAGAGAAACUAAUAUGCCUGGAAUCAGUAGUAAAAAACGUUGAACUGGUCAAAGUUGACCUUUUAGGUCAAGUGAGGUCAUGCGUGUCCAAAAUGCGAGAUCUAUUAAACGCAAGAGAGAAAGCUCUUGUGGCAAAAGUUCACCAGCAGACGGGAAUGGAACGUAACAAACUGCAGGAAAAAUCCAAGCAGCUCACUGAUCGGCGACAGAUGUUGGUGGAGAAGACCAACAAACUCCGGGAAGCCAAGGAUAAAAGCAUGAUAGAAGAGAUGUUCAAAAUCCACCAGGAGGUUCGUGAGUGUCGCUCAGAACCAAGACUGAGGGUAAGAGAGGUUGAUGAUGGCAUCAUGACCACGUUUUACCUGAACACACAAGAUGAGGCCACGCUAGCCUCUCGGAUAAACAACUUUUGUGACGUUGUCAGCAAAGUGCAGACCACUUCGGCCAAGGUAAAACCACAGAGAAACAAUUUUCUUUACAGAUCAAGUUCCUUCAGAUAA